AAUAUCUGAUGGAAAUAACACACGCCAACAGUUUCACAAUAUCACCCAUUUAUCCUCAACCAUGGCUUCUUCAACUCUCUCCCCUGCACAGCUAUGCUCAAGCAGGACUGGCUUGUUCUGCUUAUCACGAGCUGCCCUUGUGAAACCAACAAGGACCCAAAUGGUCAGAAGGGACAAGGGGAUGAAGAUCGCUUGCCAGGCCACAAGCAUCCCUGCUGAUCGAGUGCCGGACAUGGGGAAGAGGCAGCUCAUGAAUCUGCUUCUGUUGGGGGCUAUUUCACUUCCCACUGGUUUCAUGUUGGUUCCUUACGCAGCUUUCUUUGUCCCUCCCGGCGGUGGAGGCGCCGGUGGCGGUACCGUUGCCAAGGAUGCCAUUGGAAAUGAUAUCAUCGCUGCUGAAUGGCUCGAGAAUCAUGGCCCUGGGGACCGAACCUUGAGUCAAGGAUUGAAGGGAGACCCGACCUACCUAGUGGUGGAGAAGGACAGAACUCUUGCAAGCUAUGGUAUAAACGCUGUAUGCACUCACCUUGGAUGUGUUGUUCCAUUCAAUCAAGCUGAGAACAAGUUCAUAUGCCCCUGCCAUGGAUCUCAGUACAACGAUCAAGGACGAGUCGUGCGAGGACCAGCCCCACUGUCCUUGGCAUUGGCUCAUGCCAAUGUGGAAGAUGGGGGAAAGGUAGUCUUUACUCCCUGGACCGAAACAGAUUUCAGAACCGGCGAUGCUCCAUGGUGGGCGUAAGCAUCCUCCGCCAUCCGUUGGUGGUUUCCGGUAUUCAAUACUUAAAUUCAGCUCAUAUGUUUUAGCAACGUUGCUAAACAUGCUGUACCAUAGAGUCUAUCCAUUUGU